UUGAGUUGUCUUCUUAGUCCUUGUCAGGAGAAAGUACAGCCAAAAAGAUCGUGUGUUGGCACUGAGUUGCCUAUAAAGCCUUCCCUCAGCCAAUCAUUUUGGGCGACAUUUUGGUUGUUGCAAUGGCAAGUUUUAUUAUGAAUUGAAACCGAAAGGAUUUUCAAGUUCAAACUUGAUAAAGCAGCACUGUGUGUUUUAAAGUUACGAUAGAGAGUUAACAUUCAACAAAGCAAAGUGUUGAAAUCGUUUUUUCUCCAUAUCUACAAUGACAUCUGUAGUGCAGGUAAGUAAGUAAGUGGAAGUAAGUAAGUAACGUGUAGGCGGCACAAAAAAGACUGCGGUCAAGCCAGCCUUUACAAUGUGUUCAAGUGACCCAAUAUACGAGACACUAUGGUAAUAGCGAGUUCGAACCCAUCUCACAAUAAAGAGGCGGUGCUCCCGCUAAAGUUUUCUUCAAAGGUUUCCUUCAAAAGUUUCAUUCAAAAGACUGGAAAAGAUGCGGGCCUGAUCUCUUGUGCAGCCAGCGAGGUCGACGACGGUUUUCGGCGACAGAGAUACAGUCGGGAUAAAUAAAUCAACCAGUGACAGAAGAACUACAUGGUGUGUAUUGAGUGACAACCAGUAUAUCGGAAUGAAUAAACGGACACUUCUUGUAUUAGUGUCCUGUUUAUUCUUGGCCAUAUAAAAAGUGACAAAGGGUCACGAGGGAAGUAUUUGCGUUAAAACAAAAUCUUUGAUGCGAAUUUGAAGUUUUCUUACACAUCAACGGUUUCGUUUCCUGACUACCGACCACAGUGCUCACAGUGGACCGGUUACAAUCGGAGCACCAAGCCAUCAUAUCGAUAACACGACAAUAACAAAACCAUAACAACAGUGAGACAAAUCUGUUAUACCAUAAUAUGAUGGAAAGUAUUCAAUCGUUAAAAGACAUCUGGAAACAAACAACAAACCGCUGUGACAACACAGAAAUGUUUAAUCACCCGGUGAGACAGUUUUCAACUGAAGGAGAGGAAAAUGAUAAUAAUGUGUCUUUUGAGAGGGUAUUGCAUCAUUAUAUAAGACCAGAAGAAGCUGAAAGAGAGAAGCAAUAUGCAUUUUCUGUCAUCCUCAUGAAAGACAACAGACAAAAGUUUUUUCCACCAGUUUAUCCAGAUUUUACAAACAACAAAGAGUCUGGUGGUCCAAAAACAGCAAUCCACAGUGAAGAAAUUUUAAUUAAACAACUGGAUAGCUUUAUGUGCCAAAAUGGAACAAUGGUGAAACAAAUUUUGAUUUACACGUAUUACAGCCCGUGUUUAAAGAGGAACAGACCUGACCCUUGUAUGUUUCAGAUUAUAGACAGUGCCGUUGCAUGGUUUAUGCGUUAUGGUGUUUACACUUAUGUGCUUUACACAAAGUCGUGGGGAUUAAACGGUCCAAAUUACUUUAAAAAUCUCAGUUAUGCCACUAUCUCAUGUCCCUGCAGUGUUUUUUAUCCGUAUAUUGAAAAAAGCAAGGACACUUCUUUCUGUUUGGAUCAUAAGAAUCUGAGAAGCAUUUUUAAAAAAAGUGACGUCUACAAGACAUUGUCACGUGUUGAAGACAAUGAUAAAAAUACUCUACGCUGCAGUAUUAAGUCUGCUCAUGAAAUCCUUGUGAGGCUGGCUCAAAAUUCACACGGUCUGUGUAACCAUCAUUUGGAAUGUGGAGAACUGGCAAUUCAGUCUUUCUCAUUUCUGCCCGAAGUUCACCAUGAAAUUUGUGAGAAAUUGCAGAAGGAGUGGAAGGAAAUGGUCAGAAACAGUUCGAUGACAGUGAUCAGAAAAACCAUCACAGAAGAAUUCAACAGUGCUGUAGUUCAUCUAUUUAGAGAACAGUUGAAGUCAUCUGUGGGGAAGAGCAGCCCCCUGCGGCUUCACUGUAUUCCUUGCCCUGCGCGCUUGUCUCCUCGGCGCUCUCAUGCUCGAUCACGAAGCGAAACGUUUGAAAACCUAUACAGACAGCAGGACUAAGAUAAGAAAUCUUGCUGAAAUGCUUGUGAUGCGACAGGAAACCAAGGGCUUUGGAAAGUUUUCUCAUUUUCAACGUGGGACAUCACUUUCAACGCAGUCACCCGACAUGAUGGUGUGUACAUGACAUUUUCAGACUCAUGUUGGUGGUGUUUUUUUUGAAAAUAAAAUGAAUGACUUUUAACCUU